AUGUCGAAAAAGAGCGACUUCGUGAUAAAGCCUCAGAAGGCGGCACCGCCCAUAGACACUUCUGAGUGGCCUCUGCUUUUAAAGAACUACGACAAGCUCAACGUGCGAACUGGACACUACACGCCCCUCCCGCAUGGUUCCUCCCCACUGUGCCGCGACUUGUCGAAUUACGUUAAAUACGGUUUCAUCAACUUGGACAAGCCCUCCAAUCCGUCGUCCCACGAGACGGUCGCGUGGAUCAAACGCAUUUUGCGCUGUGAGAAGACGGGUCACAGUGGCACACUAGACCCCAAGGUCACGGGUGUUCUUUUGGUGUGCAUAGACCGGGCGACUCGCCUCGUGAAGUCCCAGCAGGGCCAUGGCAAGGAGUACGUGGCGAUCAUCAAGUUCCACUCUCAACCGGAGAGCCGGAGCAAGGUGGAAAAGGCGCUUCAGACGUUGAGCGGUACUUUAUUUCAGAGACCGCCUCUCAUUUCAGCCGUGAAACGGCAGCUGCGCGUGCGCACCAUCCACGAGACCAAAAUGCUUGACUACGACGAGGCCAAGUCCAUGGCCACCUUCUGGGUCAAGUGCGAAGCCGGGACGUACGUGAGGACACUGUGCAUCCACAUGGGAUUGCUGUUGGGCUGCGGCGCCCACAUGCAGGAGCUGCGCAGGGUUCGUUCGGGCAACAUUUCGGAGUACGACAACAUGGUCACCAUGCACGACGUGCUGGACGCCCAGUACCUCCUGGACAAUACCAACGACGAGUCGUACAUCAGACGCGUGAUAUCGCCUCUGGAACGCCUGCUCACCGACCACAAGCGCAUCGUGGUGAAGGACAGUUGCGUAAACGCCAUUUGUUACGGCGCGAAGCUUAUGAUCCCGGGCGUGUUGCGUUUCGAGAAUGGCAUCGAGCUGAACGAGCAGAUCGUGCUGAUCACCACGAAGGGGGAGGCAAUCGCAAUAGGCAUUGCGCAGAUGCCCACCGCAGUUAUCGCAUCGGUUGACCACGGCGUCGUUUCAGUUAUCAAGCGCGUUAUCAUGGAUCGCGACACCUACAGCCUGCGCUGGGGUUUCGGCCCCCGCGCGACGGAGAAGAAGCGGCUGCAGUCUGCGGGGAUGCUUGACGACCGCGGGAAGCCGAAUGAGAAGACGCCCGUCACGUGGUUGAAGAGCGAGGGCUUCAUCCCACCCAUGAUUGGCGAGGAUGCAAAGAAGCGAGCGCAGGAGGGUGAUGAGGCCGAAUCAGACGCCAAGAGGCCGAAAAACUGA